GCCGACGUCACGCCGUUGCGUCCACAGGAACCCCGAUGUAAACAAAGCUUUAGCUUGUGUCCGUGUUGUCCGUGUGAACGCGGACUGACUUCAACUUUAGUUCCGUCAUCUUUUCUUUAUUUGAAAUCCACAGUUUGAACUCGUAGCUUAGCAGUUAGCUGACUGCAGCUAACGCGAGCUAGCUGCCCGCACGUUAGCAUUCAGUAAAAUGGAUGAUAACAAGAUGGUGUCUGGUAAAGUGAAGAAACCGGGCAAACGCGGCCGCAAGCCGGCGAAGAUCGACCUGAAGGCCAAACUGGAGCGGAGCCGGCAGAGCGCCAGAGAGUGCCGAGCCAGGAAGAAGCUGCGCUACCAGUACCUGGAGGAGCUGGUCUCCAGCAAGGAGAGAGCCAUCUGCGCCCUGCGGGAGGAGCUCGACAUGUACAAGCAGUGGUGUUCGGCCAUGGAUCAGGGGAAGAUCCCGUCAGAGAUCAAAGCUCUGCUGACCGGAGACGAGCAGAAGUUGCCCCAGGGCGGCAGCGCCGGCACCAAGACGUCCAAGAAGAACAACAUCAGCAGCAGCGCUUAACCUCCCCA